AUGAACCUGGCCGUGACGGAGGGUCUCAUAAAGGCGGCAUCGCAAGCCGUGAAGGAGGAAUGGCAAAGCUUUCGUGCAGACCUCUUGCGCGAUCUCACGCACCUCAUCCAUGCUGAGGUUGCUAAGGUGUCUUUGGGGAGUCCUGCUGAAAAGGACGUCCCAGGCACUCUGCUCUGGCGCAGCAAAACACAGGAGGUGGAAACUCCCGAGAAGUUGGCCAAACCUGUUGCAAGCCUGGCCGCAUGUGUGAAUGGGGAAAACAUGGAUACUGUCAACCCGGUGCUCGUGAUGGAAGAGGACUUCCCCUGCACGCCUCGGCGGCGCCACAAAGCACAGGACAAUGAUAACACCCCUGAGAAGUUGGUCAAGCCUUCAGGCUGCGGAAGCGCCGAGGCCGCCUUCGUGAAAGAUGAGGAGGAAAACCAAGAUGCCUCCAACUCCGAAACUCAAGUCGAAGCAGCUCUCAAUCCUUCGUCAAGUUUGCAGGAAAGGCAGCAGCGACGCAGGCGCCAGGCUAAGAUUCACAGCUACCGUAUGGACUUGGAUGACGAGGUGUCCUUUGACGUGUCCUCAUCAAGUUCAGCCAUUGAGGAGCAGUUCGAAGCAAGCUGGCUUGGAUCGGAAGCUGCGGCAACGGAGGGCGCACCUCCAAAAGUCUGCCGAACGGCUUUCCGGUCCUCAAGUGGACACAGCUUGCCAGACGGGCGAGGACUGCUCUGUCCAUGGUUCGCUGCCGGAGAUCUCCGCGACGGUUGGAGCUGGGGUGUGCGACCCCGCCCACCUCAUUGUGCCAAACCUGUUGCCAUACCUGACCGUGCCGGAGUUGCUGAAGUGGCGCCGGGUUUCGCGGUGCACCAGAAGUCCCGAGGCUUUAAUACAGCACGUGGAGGAGAUGGGCAGCAUGGCCAGGCCUGCGUCAAUUGUCGGUUUUGCCUUCGCCGCACCCAUUGGACUCGAAGCCGAGCAGCAGAAGCUUAA